AUGAACUGGACUGAGGGAGCUUUGGCUCGACAUUCUCGAGGGAAGGGCUGGAAACCGGAGAUCGCUAAACAAAAACAGUACUUCGCAAAAGCUCGCUCGGGGCUUCACGGUCCUCCCAAGCCCGGCUUCGACUCUUUUUCCUUUUUCUCUCAGCAGGCCAAUUCUUCGACAUAUCCUACGAAGCGCCUCUCUACAGUUCCAUCACAAAAUUCGCCGCACUUCCAACAGCACCAGCAACACCAGCAGCAUCAGCAACACCGGCACAGCCAGCACCGCCAAUGCGACCAGAAGAACCAGCACAAUGUUCCUCAGGAUCACCGUCUGUUGAUGUCGCCAGGGCAGCAUGUGCGGAAGGAACCUCUAGUCGCAGUAGACCACGGCAUUCUACAAGAGCCUCGCUCACAGCAUGCUACCAAGAAACGAAAGCUUCCUGACUAUGACCCUGAGCUCUUGGAUGCGAAGAGACACCGUUUGCUACAAAAAGGCGACUGGGCUGGGAUCAAUGUCCAAAAGUCGCUACCUCUGCAUUUCUCGGGAGCUAGCAGCUCAAAAGGACGCCAGAUCUGGGGCUUUCGCAACAAGCAUCCUGAGGGUCAAUCUGGCUUCUUCUGGGAGCAGAACGGAAAUGGAAGGAGACCACUACAAGGCAAAGCUACAAGCUACAUUAGCACGCAAGGCGGAGACAAAGACGUCCGGAUCAGAAUCGGCAGUGAGGAUAUUCGAUACAGCGGAGGAAGUCAGAUCACGGCAAAAAGCUCUCAGAAUCGUCUUCCCAGAACUGCGGCCCAGUCGAAAAGCUUACGACAGUCGGAAUACUUUGUCCAAACCUCGUCUCAAAUCUCUGCGCAGGAUUAUGGUCCUCCAGGGUUGCGAGGCCAUAGAGCUUUGCCAGUGUCCGAAACAAUAUCUUCGACACAGCGAAAGCAUGGACAGAGUGCUGCAUGCCGCGGAAAUCCUCCGCGCGCCUCGAUGUCGCUCAAAGAAUAUAGGUACCCAACCCGACUUGAGCGUUUACAAAAGGAAGGUCGGUCAUUACUUGUUGAAUCGUCUCCAUCCAGGGUACAUCAUCCUGUGCCUCGACGACUGAGCCAGCUUGUAAUGCUUGAGAGAUCAGGGAUACCAGCGUCCGAAAUGUUUGGGAGCACCAUUGGUCAGGUCGGUCGCAACCCAGUGCAAGAAGUUGCGCCAUCGGAAUGCAGUGAGAACCAGCGAUGGCAAAAGAUGAUCGAGUCUCAUGAAGAUCAAACAAAAAGCCCAUUCGAGAAAGAUUCUAGUGCAAGUCGCAAGAUCGUCAAGAUCAGUCCCGGAGUCAGCAACAUCCUCAUUUCAAGCAGCUCGGUAGUCCAUGGUUCGAGAUUCGACCACCCCCCCAUGAGCACAUUUACGGACUUUUCUUUGGAUGACAGGGCGCAGGACAGUAUGGAAACUGGCCAGUACAAGCGCUUUGGCACCUCUAUCAAGAAUGAUGGCCAACCAAGAGCCACUGCAGAGAAGAUGCGAUCCUCAUCACCUCUGCUGCCGAUCAUAUCAUCCACUCUAUCAGCUGGUCGACCGAGAGGUGACCUUUACAACGAUAAAGAGGGACUUUCCGAGGACACAUCCCUCGCGCAUGCAGAAUCCUGCUCAGACGAUGGCCACUAUGCGCAGCCUCGACAGCUACCGCCCAUGUUUGAGUCGGAUAGCGAGGAUAAACCAACUCUGAACAAGCGAGAACCAAGUGAGCAAAACUUGAGGCCUACCGAUGAAGAAAAUGAGGAAGUCGAAACCUCAAUUUUCCUUCCUCAGACACUAGAUACAGAUGCCGGAAAUGCUAUAUCGGUGCCAGGCUCAGAUAAAGUAGACAUGGAUACAGAGUGGAUGAGCUUCAUAUUCGGCGAAGACGUCGAAAAAGAUGAAGACAUUGCUUUCAAAGAGUCGCUCAAGGAAGCUGCACGAGACUUACGGCCAUCGAGCAGCUCCGCUGGCGACUACUACCAACCUUCUGUGGUUCCCAUCUCGGCCUUUGCCUCCAAAGAACUUGCACCACACAAGAUGCUUCAACACCAAGAUAAGGGCGCUCUGAAUCCGGCAUCGCUGGGAUCUUCUCUAAAGGCUGGCCAGACAGACAUGGCUAUCCGUGGAGAUCUCGUAGACUGUGAAUUAGAGCAUAGCCAAUAUCAAACCACUGACACAAACAUCGCAGGCUCCUUUAUAGCAGAAGAUUCGGACUCAAUCAUACCCCAAUCCGGAACAGAGUCUCUGACAUCUGAAGUUGCUCUCACGCAGAUAACGGACUCUAUGUCAAUGAUUGCACAACCAUCCAACUCUGACUUAAGCGAAAACGUGGGGCAAAGGUUUGCCAAGCCAAAAACCUUUGUCGGGAGACUAGCCUGCUCAUCAAGCCGAGACCCUAGACCAGUUUUGCCCCUGAGCGUGAAUGAAGUUUCCAAGAAAAGGGGUAGGCCCAAGGGCAGAUCGAGAAAGAAGAAGGCCGAGGAUGGACGUGCCAACAUCCGAGGGCUACCUAAUUAUGACGGGGAUCCAAUUGAAGGCGGAUCAGACGAGUAG